CGGUUUCGAGGAGGUGGGUGGGGUGCGGAGCGGGACUGAAGCUGCUGCCGUCUCGGCCGCCGCCUACAGAGUCGCCUUGUGCCUGGUGCUACCGGGACGAUGCGGCCGGGGCCCGGAGGCUGCUGCUACCGUCGCCCUGUGGGGGCGAACGGCUGCGUGGCGAACGGGGAAGUGCGGAACGGGUACGUGAGGAGCACCGCCGCUGCCGCCGCCGCCGCAGCCGCCGCCGCCGGCCAGGUCCAUCAUGUUACACAAAAUGGAGGACUUUACAAAAAACCGUUUAAUGAAGCUUUUGAAGAAACACCGAUGCUGGUCGCUGUGCUUACUUAUGUGGGGUAUGGUGUACUCACUCUCUUUGGAUAUCUCCGAGAUUUCUUGAGGCAUUGGAGAAUUGAAAAGUGUCAUCAUGCAACAGAAAGAAAAGAACAACAGGACUUUGUGUCAUUGUAUCAGGAUUUCGAAAACUUCUAUACAAGAAACCUCUACAUGAGGAUUAGAGACAACUGGAAUCGACCGAUCUGUAGUGUGCCUGGAGCCAGGGUGGACAUCAUGGAGAGGCAGUCUCAUGAUUACAACUGGUCCUUCAAGUACACAGGGAAUAUAAUUAAAGGUGUUAUAAACAUGGGUUCCUACAACUAUCUUGGAUUUGCACGGAAUACUGGAUCAUGUCAAGAAGCAGCUGCCAAAGUCCUAGAGGAGUAUGGAGUUGGAGUGUGCAGCACUCGGCAGGAAAUUGGAAACCUGGACAAGCAUGAAGAACUAGAGAAGCUUGUGGCAAGUUUCUUGGGAGUAGAAGCUGCUAUGGCAUAUGGCAUGGGAUUUGCAACAAAUUCAAUGAACAUUCCUGCUCUUGUUGGCAAAGGUUGCCUGAUUUUGAGUGACGAACUAAACCAUGCAUCUCUGGUUCUAGGAGCCAGACUCUCGGGAGCAACCAUUCGAAUCUUCAAACACAACAAUAUGCAAAGCCUAGAGAAGCUGCUGAAAGAUGCCAUUGUUUAUGGUCAGCCUCGGACUCGAAGGCCCUGGAAGAAAAUUCUAAUCCUUGUGGAGGGAAUAUAUAGCAUGGAGGGAUCUAUUGUUCGCCUUCCUGAAGUGAUUGCUCUUAAGAAGAAAUACAAGGCAUACUUGUAUCUAGAUGAAGCUCACAGCAUUGGGGCUCUGGGACCUACAGGUCGAGGGGUGGUAGAUUACUUUGGCCUGGAUCCUGAGGAUGUGGACGUUAUGAUGGGAACAUUCACAAAGAGUUUUGGUGCUUCUGGAGGAUACAUUGGAGGCAAGAAGGAGCUGAUAGACUAUCUGCGAACACAUUCCCAUAGUGCAGUGUAUGCCACGUCACUGUCACCGCCUGUUGUGGAGCAGAUUGUCACCUCUAUGAAGUGCAUCAUGGGGCAGGAUGGCACUACCCUCGGCAAAGAAUGUAUACAGCAGUUAGCCGAAAACACCAGGUAUUUCAGAAGACGUCUGAAAGAGAUGGGCUUCAUCAUCUAUGGAAAUGAAGAUUCUCCAGUGGUGCCUUUGAUGCUCUACAUGCCAGCCAAAAUUGGCGCCUUUGGACGGGAGAUGCUGAAGCGGAAUAUCGGGGUAGUUGUGGUGGGAUUUCCUGCUACUCCGAUUAUUGAGUCCAGAGCCAGGUUUUGCCUGUCAGCAGCUCAUACCAAAGAAAUACUUGAUACUGCUUUAAAAGAGAUAGAUGAAGUUGGGGACCUAUUGCAACUGAAGUAUUCGCGUCAUCGGUUGGUACCUCUACUGGACAGGCCCUUUGACGAGACUACAUAUGAAGAAACAGAAGACUGAGCCUUUUUGGUGCUCCCUUGGAGGAACUCUUCCUACCAGGACAGUGUGUGGCUUUUCUGAGCCAGUUCCAGGAACCAUACUUCUGUGGCCAUCUCACGUGAAAGACAUUUCCUCAACUACUGAUGGUGGCCACCUCACUCUAAAUGGCAUUUUGUAAAUAGUAAAAAACUGCUUCACAUUCUUCCUUUGCUACAUUUCACCUUUCAAAAAAGAGGUGACCCGCUCUACUUUUUUGUCCAUUAAAAAUGUUUUAUUUUAUAACUCUUCUCCUUGUGAAAUCACGCUGACCCUAGCCUGUCCCUGGCUAACCACGCAGGCCGUUACCCUCUCCCCGCCGCCUGCAGACUUGGCCGUACAAAAGCUCCUGCUGUCCCCCGCACUACAGCCUAGAGACUCACCCGGCCCUCCUUCCCAGGGAGCAAGUGCCUUCCGCUUACUUCCCAUCCAGGUCUCAGAGGCCACCAACCUCAGAAUCCUUAUUUAACCUGUCAAGGAUUCGACCAAAGUGUUCCUUUCAUCUCAAGUUUAGCCGUUUAAGAAAAACCUAAACACUAACAUUGCUAAAACCGCCCCUCAUUAUGUAUCUCCCUCUGGCCAGCAGCCUCCCAAGGCUUGGUCUUGUUCCGUUUUGUUCUGGUCACCAGAUGAUUUCUUCCUUCACCAUCAAAUAUUUCUUUGUAAUGGUCACUGUCUGAGGGCUAUGUCCACUUUCUUGGGUUUUCCCCAAGCUCUAAACUAACACUCCCACUUGCUAUUUAAAACACUUAAAUUGUUCAGAAAGUACCCACAUCCCACCCUGGUCAGACCUGUUGUGGUGGAGCUGACUCACACCUCGCUGUGUGUUCUGUGUCUACAGCUGUUUGGCAGAGUGACCUGCCAUCCUGCAGGGGUCAGAGGGCCGGGGCAGUGUGGAGAGAACGGAUUACUCCCGGUGGAACAUCUGUGGUUGAUUCAUACUGUUUACUUUUCUGCCUGGGUCUGGGUCCAGAUUAGGAUUUAAACUGAUAAAGGAAAAUGUUGGUAAAUCCUCUACUCAAAAAUCAUUUGUCAUGUUCCUCUUUAAGGAUUAAAGUUAUUAACUUACCCUUUUUAGAAGCUGACCCAUUUAAAUAUUACUCUUCUGACUGCUAGUUCUCUUUUGUUAUUCUUGAUGUCCUAAGACAAUUCUAAUCUGGCAUCUGGAGGUUAGGGUCUCUCUCUUUUUUCCUUUUUUUUUUUUUUCCUCUUGAGCAAUCCUGAACACCUGUAUCUCUUUGCUAAACUGGGAUCCUUUAUUUCGACUCUUUGCAGGUAAGGGGACUUCAUUCAGAGAGCUUUAUACUGCCUGACCAAAGAACAAAUCUGAAAACCACCGUGUUAAAGCUCUUACUUUUUUCUGUUGACCAAAGCUUAAGUGAAGAGGACUUUUGACUUUAUUAUAUCCAAAAUCAGCUUGUCUUUUAGUAGCCAUCAAGUAAUUAUGGGGGAAGGAUCGGGAACAGAAUGGAAGAACACUGUGUGAAAGUAGUUUUGCACGUCUCUGUUUUUGAAAUCACUCCUUGAACUGGUAAAAAUACUCAGUCCAAAUUCUCCUGGGUAUCUUGUCAUCAGCUGUGGUGUUUAUGCAGAUACACGUAGGGGAGGACAGAAGCAAUAUGAUUGUUGGGGAAGUUUUGUUUUCACGUCUUACGUUACCUUUGGUCACUCUCAACAUCUUGAGAGCCUUCAGCCUUUGAAAUACUCCAAGGUUUUGUUUUACUUUUUUAAACAAUAGAAAAGGUGAAUGAAAGAAGCAAGUAGAAAUGCAGGGACUAUAUUUAGCAUGUGUAAAUGGAAGUAAAGAGAUUGUGUCAACUAAGUAGUCCUGUAAAAAUACAUUGCUAACCUUUCCCCUACAUCUAGUUCCUCACCACAGAACCCCACUAGAGCACCAGAGUUUGCACUUUAGUUACUAUCAAAUGUUGGAGGGUUUGCAAAAGUCACAAACUUUAAGCAAUGAACUUACCUGCUACUCUUUUUACUUUGGCUUGCAUGAAGUCACUGCAAUUUAAAAUGUCAGUAUGGGCAUUUAAAUAUCUAUAUAUAUCUAUAUAUAUCUAUAUAUAUCUAUGUAUAGAUAUGUAUAGAUAUAUAUAGAUAGAUAGAUACACACACACAUCACUUUGCUGGUGCAAAGUUAUGUCAGGAUAAAUGUAGUUAAGUUACAAGUUUAUUUUUGAAGAGACAAAGCUGUGAGGCAAAGCAGGAUAUCUGCUUUCUAGAGAACAAAAUGUUACACUCGCUGGUUGUCUCUUCUUGGAAACUGUAAUAUAAAUCUAGGGUCCAGUCAUAUCACAAGUAUCAUUAUUUAACCAAGCAUCUGGGGAAAUACAGGUGUAUAUAUAAAUACAGUCAUUGGGAAUGAGUAGACAUAGGUAUUGUUUGAUGCAUGGUUUAACACAGCCUGAUUCACAAAUCUGAUGGGAUGUAAACAGGUAGCAGCUAACUAUUACUGCCAAAGCUGAGAAUCGGAGUCAAUCAGUAGAGAUGGGGCUAAGCUUACCACUUUUUCUCAUCCCUCUUUCUAUUUAGCAUUGCCUUUAUCCAUUUCAGGUUUAUAAGACCUUUUUUUGCAGAUCACAUCAGAAACCAGGAAAUUUAUACCUAGGAGACAUCACAAUCACAAAGAAUGGAUCAAGAGGCAGUGGCAGAUUCUCCUCCUGCCUUUAUUUUAAAAGCUUUACCCCAGAAUAUGGCAUACGCUCUACAGCAAGUAAAUAUGCAAAGAGUAUUUUCAGGACUGGGGUCUUUGGAGCACUUCAACUUUUUGCUUUGCUCUAGAAAAUGUCUUCCCUUUAAAAAGCACCCUAGGAGCACCUGGGUGGCUCAGUUGGUUAAGUGUCCUACUCUUGAUUUCAGCUCAGGUCAUGAUCUCAUGAUUUGUGAGUUCAUGCCCUGAGUUGGGCUCGAGCUGACAACACAGAGCCCGUUUGGGAUUCUCUCUCUCUCUCUCUCUCUCUCUCUCUCUCUGUCCCUCCCCCACUCACAUGCACUCUCCUCAUACUCUCUCAAACUUAAAAAAAAUCAUCCUAGUCUAGGGGCACCUGGGUGGCUCGCCUGGGUAAGCGUCCAACUCUUGAUUUCAUCCUGGGUCAUGAGCCCCAGGAUCAUGGGAUGGAGCCCCGCGUGGGGCUCUGUGCUGAGCGUGAAGCCUGCUCAAGAUUCUUUCUCUUUCCCUCUGCCUCUCUCCCCAUCUCGUGUGCGUGCUCUAAGAAAUAAAAAAAUAAAUCAUCUCCAGAGCCCCCAAAUACUGCUUGCUUGUUUGAAGAACUUGACAUCUUAGUCCUGUAGUUACUAUCUUAAGUUUUCAUGAUAGGGUGAGGACUUCAGAAGGUCACAGCAUCCUUCUUCCUGAUGCAGUCAUGCAAGGUGAACAGAAAUACCCUGUACAACUGCUAAGGGCUAGGUGUUUGCUCAGUGCCCUUUCAGAAGCCCAGGAAUUGAAUAUUCUGCCAAUGAGUUUUCUCUGUAAUCCCUCCCUCCUAUAUUUGGCCUUUCUUUCUCUAUCUUCCGAUUCUUGAUUGUUAGCAUUUCAAGUCCAGAGAAAACAUACGUGGUGGUGCUGUGUUUGGAGGAUCGCUAGGUCAGAUACUCUUUUCUUGGGACACUCAGCCUUACCUUUCAGGGGAGAUAGUGAGCUUCUUUGUGCCCUACUUGAGGGAACUUAUAUCUAAGUUUGUUAUGACUAUUACAGUCUAGCUGAACUUCCUAGUGUUUAAUAUGCUCUGCUUCAUUUGUUAGUGAAAACCAGGAGAAAAUGGCUUACGUGGAGAGAUUUCCUGGCUUCUCAGGGAAGGGGGAAAAGGGGACGCUAUCUACCACUACCUCCCUGUUUUUCCCCCCACCCCGCCCCCUUUCCUAAUUGAUAAGGCUCUGGCCCCAAUCAUACCAGAUUGGGCAGCUUAGGCAGUGAAGAAAAAGAAUUUGGGCAAUUCUUGUUUUGUAAGAAUUUGUCGGGAUGUGGCAAAACCAUCGACAGGAGAUCAAAUACAACUGACUGUCUCCUGGCUCUCUUGUGUGAAGAAUGGCUGGGACCGAAUUCCCAGGGUGUCUUUCCUUCCCUGGUGUUCUAGGUAAGUCACCAUGGGCUUUAAUCUCUGGUGGCUAUAACCUGUGCGGUUAGAAAAGGGGAAAGAGUGUAGUGCUUUUCCUCUGUCUGCCUUCAUGAAGUUCAGAACUGUUGACCGUCUCCCACAGGUAAAAUCAGCAUAGGCCGAAGGGGUCAUGAAGCGGGGAGUCAUGAAAAUCAAAAGAUUCUUGGCUGUUGAGCAGCUAUUUGCUUAAAUGCAGCCCGAGAACAUAAGAUAAACUGCUACCUGCUUAACACGGAAGCUCAGUGCCCCGCAGGCAUCUUAAUCCAUUAAGCCAGUUAAUCAAAAUCCCUUCCACGUGGAGAAAAGCAUAUCUAUCUUCUCCUCAGCUUUGACCACAGGAAAUGUAGUGUUUGGGCUCCUGCCCAAUUCCCGUGUGCCCAGAUAGCCUAAUGAGAAAGUUGGCUUCCUGCCUUCUCAUCCAGAAGAGACACCACGACCAGCCAAUGAUCCUUUUGCUUUUAAUUUUAUGGACAAUGUUGCCCCUUCUGUCAUCUCCAGUGACUUCUGUUUUCCAAGCACCUUUCGCUAUAGACUGAGUCUUUUUUAGGUGGAAACCAAAGGAGUUAGCUUGAUACUUACUGAAGUUGUUUAGUCUUCUCUGGUGGGUCUGGCAGUCCACGCUUUGAGGUGGCUUGAUGGGGUAGCUGUGGGCAAGGUCUUGUUUACUACACAGUGCACAUGAUAGAUGGCCUUAAACUGUGAUUCUUUGUGGUAUGAUGAGUUAUUAUAAACCGAUCCUAAAGAAUGCAAUGGUUCUUAAACUGCAGUUACACGUUUUUAUUGAAGCAAUACCCAAAGCUCUGUUCUUUGGAGUGGUUGUGGGGAAGCUGAAUGGAAAGUAAAGACAAGAGCAAUACCCUCAUGUGCCAAGUGUCCUGCCUUGUUGCCAUCUCCAUGGAUAAGUGGAUCCCUCCAUGCGUGAGGACCCUUGAGUCAAUUCAGAGCCUGCGUUUUCUGACAAUUCUCAGGUUUCUUGUGCAAAGCUUGGUCGCUUGGCCCAGGCCUUCAAAGGGAGUGUGGGACAUAUUCCUGACUGGGGUGGAUGGUAACUUGUCUUCACCCUUAACAUUAGGUCAUGUUCCCUCAGUGAUGUUAAACCAGUGGUUGGAGUGAUAAAAAGCAUCCUUGAUAGUUCUUUACAGGAUACUGGUGAAAUCACCAUGUCAAUUCAGCCAGCAUGUCCAUACAGUCUUGAUGAUCCCUCUCUGUAGAAAGGUAGCAAACAUUAAGAGAAGGGGGAAAGAGAAUAAGAACAGAGAGAUAGCUUAUGGGGAGCUGAGAUCUUGUUUUGUUGGCCUUUGUUGUUUUUUUUUUUUUUUUUCAUUGACCAAUUUGCCUGUAAGCUGGACUUUGCAAGAGGUGCUGUGAUAACCCCUCUCCAUUGCUGGGAUGCUUAUCUAAUCUGAGAAAGUGUGAGAGGGGGAAAUGUAAAUAAAAAAUGUUAAAUUCUA